AAAAAAAAAAAAAAAAAAUCGUAACUCUUUCAUUUUAUCAAAAUUGUCUCAGCAAUGUUAAAACAAAUAGUUCAAUGUAACAAUACCAAGAUCGGCCAUGUUGCUAUAAGACAAUUUUCAACAAGCUCUAUUAUACUUGCAGGUCGCCAAACAGGUUCUCGUAGAAAAGCGGAAAAGAAAUACGACGUUGACUUUAUGCCAACCUUUGAUUUUGAUGACCAGACAACCAUUGGUCAUAAUUUAUUUGAAAAUAUUAGACAUGUACGUCAAUAUUUGAGAAAGACAGAAUAUGAAUUACCUAAAUUGAGUGCAUUUGCCAAACCUUUUGAACCACCUAAAGAAAACGAGAUAUUAAAAUUUAAAACACAUACUUAUCUCGGUGAAGGACAUCCUGUAGAGCGUAAAGUUGUAUUGAGUGUCAAAGUAGACGAUUUAGGAUUGAACGAGACGGAAAAACACAAGUUUUUAUUAUUGAGUGGACCAAGGUAUAAUGUCAAUACUGAAGAAUUGAUCAUUUCUUGUGAACGAUUUCCUCGUCGUAAGCAAAAUAAAAAAUUUAUAAUGGACACAUUACAAAAGUUGAUCAAGGAGGCAAAGGAUACCAAAGAUACUUUUGCCGAUAUUCCUCUUAAUUUACCAAAACCAAAGCAAAGAUUAGAGUUUCCUAAGGAAUGGAUACGAUCACCUGUUACUGCUUCUGAAGAGUCUCCUGUCAUUUCUACAGAAAAGACAGCUCAAGUAUUUGAAGAAAUUGCUGAAACUGCUAGUACAAAACAUAAUGUAAUCAUUGAUGAAAAAACAGUUCAAUAAUGUUUAUAAACAAUUGUGUAUAUUAUAAUACAUGUUUUAUAAUAGAGUAUUUUUAUUUUAUUUUAUUUUAUUUACUAAAUAUAUAACAUAUACAAAUAUAUGUGUUUAACCUGGCAAGUUGGAUUUGCAAAUAAAGAGG